AUGAUUACUGUGCAGAUUGUACUCGCCCCACCCUGUGGAGAAGGAACUGCACCAUCUGCCGUUUGGGUCGUCCAUCCUCUGGUGCUGUUGUCGGUCGUCGACCACUUCAACCGCGUCAGCAAGAUCGGCCAUGCGAAACGUGUCGUCGGGGUCCUGCUAGGCUCUAUGAAACAAGAUAGGGUGCUGGACGUUUCAAACAGUUUCGCAGUCCCUUUUGAGGAAGAUGAGAAGGACCGCAACGUCUGGUUCCUCGAUCAUGAUUAUUUGGAAAACAUGUACUCAAUGUUUCGAAAAGUGAAUGCUCGGGAAAAAGUCGUUGGUUGGUACCAUAGUGGUCCCCGACUUCAUCCGAAUGAUAUCCUGAUCAAUGAACUGAUAAAGAAGUUCACCGCCAACCCGGUACUUGUGAUCAUCGAUGCAAAGCCAAAAGAGCUGGGCCUUCCGACCGAGGCUUACGUGGAGGUUGAGGAAGUUCAUGACGAUGGGACGCCUCCUUUGAAAACAUUUGAACAUGUUGUUAGCGAUAUCUCUGCAGAAGAAGCAGAAGAAGUUGGUGUGGAACAUCUGCUUAGGUGAGC